GUAAUAAAUAUGUUAGCUUAUGCUGGGUUCUUGGGGGUAGAGCACAUUGCCCGUAUGAAGGUGGAUCAUAGUUUAAUAUGCGCUUUGGUGGAGAGAUGGAGGCCGGAGACACAUACUUUCCAUCUUCCAUUCGGUGAGGUUGGCAUUAGCCUACAAGAUGUGGCGAUGAUCCUUGGUUUGCCCAUUCGAGGUAUGCCCCUUAGUGGUCCUACCAUUAAGGGUAAGGCUCAGUGGAUCGACCUGUGCACGCAGUCAUGUGGUUUCACUCCUUUAGAGACUGAUAUGCGCACGAGUGAUAUCACCUUGAGUGUUGUUACCCGUCACCCGAUUGUAACUGACAGUACAGACGAAGAGGUCACCGAACACACCAGGACCCUAAUAUGGCAAUUGCUUGGAGGGUUUUUGUUCCCUGACACGAGUGGGACAAGAAUACGAUUGUACUUUUUGGAAGUCUUGCAGGGUGACUUGGCUUUAGCCCGUCGAUGGAGUUGGGGAUCGGCGGUUCUCGGAUACCUCUACCAUAACUUGUGCAACGGCGCCAAGUGGGAAACCAAACAAGUUGGCGGCUGUAUGCACUUGUUACAGAUUUGGGCUUGGUCGAGGAUUUCGAUGUUCCGUCCCUCAGUACUUCAGUGGAUCGUCCCCAAGUCAUAUAAGGGAUCCCCAAGACAUUGCAUACGCUUGUACCGGGAUGACCUAGACCGCAUGAGUGAGAAUCAGUUUGAUUUCAUUCCCUACGCGUCCGAGACACUCCCACCUCUCGUCCUUAAUGAAGCUCCGCUUUGGUCGGCUAGGGUCAUGCUCAUAUUUUGCAAUAUGGCCGAAAUGCAUUACCCCGAUCGAUUUCUUCGGCAGUUCCAUAUAAGGCAAGAUAUUCCGAAUGCUCCUUUGACAGGUACUGAUAAUCACGGCAAUCGUUCCAACAUAGUAACCGGUGCCUUGGCGAUGUGGGCGAACAUACAACAUCACAUAUACUUUCUUGAUUACGAUCGACAUAUGUUCCUCGAAGCAACUAAUAGGUACCGAAACUGGUACAAGAAGCAUGGUAUGACACGUGUCCAGAACCCUUCUCACAAUGUGCCCACGACAGGCUACACCCCGACAGCACACGAUUGGGGUAUUGUGAAGCAAGGCGUUCACGAGGUGUAUCAGCUCUUAGCCGAUCGCGCGAGUUAUGAGGACUGUCAAAAACGACUACGGCAGAUGGCCCUGGACGUAGGUGAUGAAGAGAUGCUCCACCGGGGCAUAUUCCAUUAUGAAGAUGAAGAUGAAGGUGGAAGUGACGAAGAGGAUGAUGCAGAUGAACAUGAAGGUGGGGGUGAGGACUCACCAUCGCUCCCUCAAUUCUCA